GCUUUAAAAGCCAUACUGUGCGCUUUACGCACCUUGCGUAUCCAAGCUUCUCUCUCUCUCUAAAAAAGGUCUCUCUCUCAUUAUCUAUGGUUAAAACUGCGUUGACUGACAGAUGAACAAACUUCGCCCUCUUUGUUGAAUGGCGGUUGACAUCGCCGGAACCCUAACUCCGGUGAACAUCCGGCGCAAGUUUCUGCCUUUUUCUCCGGCCUUAGCUCUGUGGUUGGCGGUUGGUAAUUGUUUCUCUCUAUGAGUCUCUCGUCGUUCGCCGUUCGAUGCUCGAAUCUAGGGUUUUGAGAGGUUCGAGGGUUUGGAGAGGUUGAAUUUCGUUUGAUGUGCUGUCUUUGUUGUUGUACUGUUUGUGUGAACCGUUGUUUUGGCGUUGAGGAUGAAGAGAAUGAGGUCCAGUGACGAUCUCGAUUCGAAUUCGAAUUCGAACCGGUCGUCGUCGUCGCAUCGGGCGUUCUACUUCAAGUCGGAGAAUGUAAGGAAGGGGCUGCUGUCAUCGUCGUCGUCGUCGCGGUACGACCGCGAUCGAUCCGCGGAGGAGGAUCGAGAGAGCUCGAGAUCGGUGCGGAAGCGGUUGGAUCACGAUUCCGAAGGCUUUGAUCGGAGAAAGGGAUUUGAACGGUCCAGGGAUUUGGUUUCAUCGCCCCGGAGUGGGUACGGAGGCGAUAGAGAUCGGAUUCACCGGUCGGAGAGCUUUGGUGGGGCGAGGAGGGAGUUUCCGAAGGGGUUUCGAUCGGAAAGGGAUCGAUCGCGGCGAGAAGGAAGCGUUUCUUCGUGGCGGAGAUUUGGGAGUAAGGAAUUUGAGGAAGGGAGAGGGAGUAGAGGUGAGUUGGAGGGUAGAGGGAAUGUGAGGAGGGAUGUGAAGUCUCCAAAUUGUUCGAAAGAAUCUGGGAGUGAGCAAUCGAGGAUUAGGUCGCCGAGGGGAGUGAGAGAGGGGAAGUCGCCCACGUGGUCGAAGGAGUCGGGGAGUGAACAGUCGAAGAUAAAGUCCCCUACGGGGUUGAAGGGAGGGAAGUCCCCGACUUGGUCGAAGGACUCGGGAAGUGAGCGGUCCAAGAGCGUUGAAGUCAAGAAGGCGGAGGAGUUGCAGGCUGAGAGUGGUAGUAGCAGUGAAAUGGAAGAAGGGGAGUUGGAGCCUGAACCCGAAGCACUGCCUUGUGGUGGGUUGGAUUCGGAUCAUAAGGAGAAUGAGAGUGAAGACCCCGUGGAGGAUGCCAAUGCAAACGUAGAGGUUGAAGGGAAAGCAGUGUCAGAAAAUGUAGCAGAGGUGAAGAAUGAAAUUGCUUCUGAGGGGAAAACAGAAGCUGGAUCUCCUUCGAGCCAUGAGACAGAAAAAGAUGCAGGGAAGGAAGUUGAUGAGAUGUCAGAUUGUGAGAAGGUUUCCAAUGAUAGAAUGAGUGGGAGUGGAGAUGCAAUUGAAGAUGGGGUGGGUGAGAAUAAUGGUGGCAACAAGGAAGAAGAAUGCUCCAGGGAGAAUAGCAGUGGUAAGGAGGAGGAAGCAGGAAAGGAAGAAUUCGUUGAGAAAAUAUUGCCAUUGGAAGAGGAUCAAAAGGAACGGAAGGCGCGCAAGGAUAUAGAUCUUGAGGUUGCAGUGAGGGAUAUUGAUUUGACAGAACCCAGUAAGGAAGCUGCAGGAGAAAAUGGAGUUCCUGAAGUAAAUUUGACCCUUCUGUCGGCUGGUUUCAAGGAUAAGGGCAAGAGUGUGGCUGUUUCACCUUCUGAUGUUGAUGACUCCGCAGAGGAAAGGGUGUGGAUGGAAAGAGAAUUGAGAGAUCCUUUAACCUGUCGGGAUGCUGAUAUGGAAGGACCAAGUACUAGGGGCUUUGAGUUGUUCUCUAGUUCCCCUGUUAAGAAAUCAGAGAGGUCUGACCAAUCAGGUGCUAAUAAGCAUAAAGAUGAGAAGCUUUCACUAGAGCCUCUUGAUCUUUCUCUUAGCUUACCAGACGUUUUGCUACCUAUUGCUUCCCAUGAUGCAAUCCCAGCAGCUCCUGGUUCCCCCAGUUAUACGAGGAGUGUUCAGUCAUUAUCUAACACAUUUCUCACCAAUUCUGAUGGAUUUACUGCAUCAAUGUCCUUUUCAGGUUCUCAGCAUUUUGUUCACAAUCCAAGUUGUUCGUUAACGCAUAAUUCACUUGACAACUAUGAGCAAUCGGUGGGCAGUCGCCCAAUAUUUCAGGGAAUUGAUCAAAUUUCACAUGGAGCAUGGCAGGGGCAGACUUCAAAUGAGCCCAAGCACAAAGAAGUUCCCUUGUACUCAAGAAUGUUGAUGAAUGGGAAUGGCUCUCUUCAUCACUCUCAAGCAGCAGAAGGUGUUAGAAAUGGUAACUCCAGGCAAGGACAACAUCUUAAAGCUGAAGGAAGCUCUAAAUUACCCAUUGGACUUGAUCGGCAGCUGAGUUUCCAGAAACAGUUGUCAGGGGUACAGCCAUGGCACCACAAUGAUGUUAGAUCCCCCUCACAGAGCAUUGGCUCCCGUGAAACCGGAAAAGAAUAUAGUAAAGAUAAGGAAGUGCUCAGAGAGAAAAAUGGUGGUAGUUUGUAUAGGAGUGGUAGCUUCAAGGAUCAGGAGCAACUUCCAAUAGGUGGAGCUGAUUUCGUUGAGACAAUCAUCGCCAGGAUAGUUUCUGAACCAAUGCAUGUAAUGGCUAGGAGAUUUCAUGACAUGACAGCCCAAUCCAUAGCUUGUCUGAAGGAUAGCGUUCGUGAGAUCAUGUUGAAUGCAGAUAAAAUUAUGCAGCUAUCUGCAAUUCAGAAAGCACUAGGGAACAGGUCUGACAUUACAUUGGAGAUGUUAUCAAAGUCACACCGGGCUCACUUGGAAAUCUUGGUAGCUUUGAAAACUGGUCUUGAAGAUUUUCUUCAGCAAAAUAGUAGUAUUCCAUCAUCUGAGUUAGGUGAGAUCUUUCUGAACUUAAGAUGUAGAAAUCUGAAUUGUCGGAGCCCUUUACCUGUGGAUGAAUGUGAGUGCAAGAUCUGUGUGCAAAAGAAAGGUUUUUGUAGCGCCUGUAUGUGUCUUGUAUGUUCAAAGUUUGACAUGGCAUCUAAUACAUGUAGUUGGGUUGGGUGUGAUGUUUGUCUUCAUUGGUGCCAUGCUGAUUGUGGCUUACGAGAAUCAUUCAUUAGAAAUGGCCGUGGUGAAGCUGGGGCUCAAGGUACUGCUGAGAUGCAGUUUCAUUGUCUUGCUUGUGAUCAUCCUUCUGAGAUGUUUGGCUUUGUAAAGGAGGUUUUCCAAAAUUUUGCUAGAGACUGGAGUGCUGAAACCCUUUCCAGGGAACUUGAAUAUGUCAAGCGGAUUUUUCGCCCCAGUGAGGAUGUGAGAGGGAGAAAAUUGCAUGAUAUUGCUGAUCAGAUGCUGGCAAGAUUGGCUUUUAACUCGCAAAUCCACCUUCCUGAGAUCUAUAAUUAUAUUAUGAGCUUCCUAACAGAAAGUGACUCGGCGAAGUUUGUCCACACUCCUCUCUCUGGAAAGGAGCUUCCAGCUUCUAAUUUUCCUGGAAAAGAAAUACCCAACAAGAACCAAGUACAAGCACACAAUGGGACUGCUGGGACGAGCCAAGAGGCCACAUGGAGAAAUUCUGCUUACUCAGAAAAGUCUCCUCAGUUGGAAAGAGCAUCCAGUCUGCUUCCAAGCUUUGAUUAUGAGCGGAAUGAUAAGCGGACCAUGGAAACAGAGUUGCAGAGAAAUGCUCAAAAGGAUCCUGUUUUUGAUGAAUUAGAAAGCAUUGUGAGGAUCAAACAGGCAGAGGCUAAAAUGUUCCAAUCACGUGCCGAUGAUGCAAGGAGAGAAGCUGAAGGCCUGAGACGCAUAGCAGUAGCUAAGAACGAAAAAAUUGAAGAAGAGUACACAAGUCGAAUUGCAAAAUUGCGUUUGGUUGAGACAGAGGAAAUGCGCAAACAAAAGCUUGAAGAACUCCAUAGUCUAGAAAGGGCUCAUCGGGAAUACUACAAUAUGAAGAUGAGAAUGGAAGAGGAUAUAAAAGAUCUAUUAUUGAAAAUGGAAGCAACAAAACGGAACCUUGCCAUAUGAGUGGCUGCUGCAAGGAUUUUCCUUUUGUAACUGGCACAGUCUCAGGUAAUUGUAUCUUUUAGUGUUAAAAUUUUAAUAUUCCAGUGUUGUAGCUUUAGUGGGUUCUCAGUUCCUGUUGUCUUGUUAUCUUGUUGCAUCUUUCAAUUUAGGGUUUUUUUUUUUCUUCCUUC